AUGCGUCCACUCUUCCGCUUCCCCGCCACCACCGCCCACCACCACCACCACCACCUCCGCCGCCAAAUCCGCACCUUCAUAAACGCCAGAAUCAAAUGGGUCCGCGAUCCCUACCUCGACACCGCCGUAGAGAGAGAAAAAAACCUCAAACCCUUGCUCUCUCUCAAAACCCUCAUCCUCUCCGAUCCCACCAAAACCCUACCCCUCUCCGCCGUCUCCCCCUUAAAACCCCAUCUCAACCUCCCCACCGCCGCCGACAAAUUCAUCCAAAACCACCCCUUAAUCUUCAAAAUCUUCCUCCCGCCGAACAAAAGCAAUUCUCUCCCACACGUCAAGCUCACCCCAAAAGCCCUCUCCCUUCACUACGAAGAAAUGCUGAUCCUCAGUUUGUCCCGUUACCGGAAAGACGUGGCGGAAAGGCUGGCGAAGCUUCUGAUGCUCGCUCGAUCGAGAAAGCUCCCGUUGUUCUUGAUCGAUAUGUUCAAGCACGAUUUGGGUUUGCCUCAUGAUUAUUUACUGACGUUGUUGCUUGAGUUCCCCGAUUAUUUUCAGAUCUGCGAUAUGGGUUUUCGUGAUGCGAGCGGUGAGGCCGUUUUCGGGUUGGAGUUGGUUUCUUGGAGAGACGAAUUCGCAGUUUCUGUAAUGGAGAAGAAGGGGAGAGAGGAAGGGGUGCAGAUAAGGUAUUCGAUGAAUUUACCGAGUGGGUACGAUUUAGGGAAAAGGGUUGCGGAAUGGAUGGAAGAGUGGCAGAAUCUUCCCUACAUUUCUCCAUACGAAAACGCGUUCCAUUUAUCGCCAAACGGAGAUCAAGCGGAGAAGUGGGCCGUGGGUGUGAUCCACGAGCUGCUGACUCUGCUUGUUUCGAAGAAAACGGAACGCGAUAACAUCUUUUGUUUGGGAGAUUUUUUGGGGUUCGGGCGGCUAAGAAUCAAGAAAGCUCUAGUGCAUUUUCCCGGGCUUUUUUACGUGUCGAACAAGAUAAGAACACAGACCGUCGUUUUGAGGGAGGGGUAUGUAAAGAAUCUUCUUUCGGAAAAUCACCCGUUAAUGGUUAUGAGAAAUCGGUACAUUAGACUCAUGAACUUGGUGUUGAGAAGGGGUAAGCCAAUUAGAGCUGUAUUCGGUGGGAAUCGAAAAGGGUCCGUUGCUCGUUCUAGAGUCGGCAAGAAGAAAGAGGACUACAAUCGGUUGAAGAGAAACGACGGUGAUAAGGCUAAUUUAUGAUUAAGUAUGGCAGUCGUAAUGACGAUGAGGACAACAAUUACAUCUUUAAAUACGGGUUUCGAUGAUAAUUCGCCGAGCAUUUUUCAUCUGCAGCUUUUUCUCCAAGUGACGAAAAGGAAUUAACAGUAAAGUAUUAGACUCGUGAAUUCCCUUUUUAAGUUUCCGGUUUUGACUACUCUCUGCAAAUAGAACUAUGUUUUUGUUGUUCGAUAGAGUAAAUUAUUGUUUAUGAAUCUUCAAUGUCUGUAGAAUAAUGCGUUCAUCGGCAAAACUAUGUUUCAAAUCUUUCGUGAU